AUGGAAGAUGUGAUAGUGGAGGCCCUUCUAUCUAAUGAACGGGAAGCUCAGAUUUUAGCUGCCAGAGAACUUGGUAAACUUGCAACCAAACUAAGACAGAAGUUAGCAGACAGAGGGAUCGUUUCUCGGCUCGUUACGAUGCUUCGUAAGCAAGUUUAUGAAGCCACUGAAGCGACACUCUGCUCUGCUUUAAACAAGAUCCGAAUUGCAAAUUCUGGUGCCAUACCAGUAUUGCUGGAGAUCAUUCAAUGCCAAAAAGAGUCAUUGAUUGACCUUGCAGCAGCAGCCCUCUUGGUUCUUUCUUGUUGCUCCGCUAACAAGUUAGUAAUCGCAGCAUCUGGGGCUGUCCGAAUCCUGGUUGGAUCUCUGAAUUCCCAAUUGGCAGAAGAACGCGGUUUCCAGAAUCUAAGCGUAGGUGCUGGCAGUGGUGGUGGUGGAGAUGGACGUGGGGGUGUGGGUGGGGGUGGGGGUGGAGGAGAAGGCGGUGGUGGUGGAAAUGGUGGAGGCCAUGGUUGGGGAAGUGGGAGUGGUGGUGGUGGCGGCGGCAGUAGUGGAGGAGGAAGAGGAGGUGGUGGUGGUGGUGGUGGAGGGGUGAAGGAGACGGUUGGGGAUAGAGAGGUGGAGGAGAAAGAAACCAAGGUGGGUGUUAGGGAUGGAGAUAUGGUGGAAAUCAACCUCCACCAAGUAAAUGAGCCCUAA